AUGGCGAGAGGGGCGAUGCAGACGAGCGGCAAAGGCAAGCCGUCGAAGAAGCGCUGGACACGCGCACACGUGAAGUUCAACGGUUCGGCGCGUGCACGCGACUUGUCUCAGGACGCGAUCAUGGCCAACCGACACAGCGCGUAUUCUUCCCUCCAAUCUACCGACGAGGAGGCAUCGUACUAUAGCGCGCCCUCGCGGGCUGUGCAUCGCAUGCCCUCCGAUAACUCGGACUAUGGCGACGGAUACUUAGCCGCCAGACCGCUUUCGGGGGUUAGCGGUACCUCUGGCUCGAGUGCGAGUAGCCGAUCUUUACCCGAACCGCCACAGAUACCCGCCAUACAAUACCCCCAGGCAAACUACACCGCACCGAGUCUACCCACGAUUGAUUCUGGGGACCCUCUCGACUUCGACGACUUUUACGGCGCAGCAGCGUCUGCACCGACUCACGACCCAUUUCACGACUCCAUACCACGCCCUCUGUCUACAGUCUACGAAACAUCUCGCGAACCCUCGCCUGCGCCAUCGAGCGAACACCACCAACCACAGCGACCCCUCCCUCUUCCACAACCUCAGUUUCCAGCGACAUCUUUCAAAACACCACCACGACCCUCCGUAUUCCAGCGCAGGGUCUCUCCCUCCCCACAACAAGUUGAUCACUUCAAGCGCGAUCUAGAAGUCGGAUAUACAUCCGGCUCCCGCUUUAGCACUCCUCGCUCUCGAUCACCCACUCCUGGCCCAGGCGACGGGUCAUUCACCGGUCAACCCAAUAUGCACUAUACCGGUGUCACAGGAUAUAGUGGCUACACGGGCUAUACUGGAGGCUCUGCCUACGAUGACGAGAAAGACCUGGGCUCGGAUGAUGAAUACGACGAGUACGACGAUGACCAGGUCGACGAGAUGCUCUCCGAGAAGCAACGGGCGCCACCUGCGCAUUCGCGCGCGUUCAUGAACGCUGCUUCCAGUCUACCACCCCCUGGAGACAUGGGCCCUUCCUCUACCAUGCACUUUGGCCCCGCGCCGACCGGCCGUGUGCAUCGACGUAACAAACGACGGCAGGUCAAGCUCACCAAUGGCAACCUCGUCGUAGACCUGCCCAUACCGCCGAGGCUGGUGCUGCCGCGCGUGGGCGACCCUGAGGUCAUGAAGACGCGGUACACGGCCGUGACGUGCGACCCAGAUGAGUUCGAAAGCUCGGGUUUCUUCCUGCGGCAGAACGAGAGUGGACGGCGCACCGAGCUGUUCAUCUGCGUGACGAUGUACAAUGAGGACGAGGUUCUGUUCUGCCGGACAAUGUACGGCGUCAUGCGGAAUAUCUCGCACUUGUGCACGCGUAAGAACUCGCAAACAUGGGGCAUUGACGCAUGGAAGAAGGUUGUUGUUUGCAUCGUCGCAGAUGGACGCAAGAAGAUCCACCCGCGAGUUCUCGACUGCCUCACGCUCCUUGGGAUCUACCAGCCUGGCGGCCACAUGAAGAACAUGGUCAACAACAAAGCCGUCACCGCCCACUUGUUCGAAUACACCGCCUCUUUCGCACUCGACGCCGACAUGCACUUCCGGUACCCUGACAAGGGUAUUGUUCCCACGCAAGUCAUCUUCUGUCUCAAAGAGAAGAACCAGAAGAAGAUCAACUCGCACCGGUGGUUCUUCAACGCUUUUGGACGAGCACUGCAGCCGAACGUAUGCGUUCUCCUCGACGUUGGCACGCGUCCCGGUAGCAAGAGUAUAUACCACCUCUGGAAGACGUUUGACUUGAAUAGUAACGUGGGCGGGGCAUGCGGCGAGAUCGCUGCGUAUAAAGGACGAUACUGGGCCGGUUUGAUCAACCCCCUUGUCGCCGCGCAGAACUUCGAGUACAAGAUCAGCAACAUUCUUGAUAAGCCGACCGAGAGCAUGUUUGGAUACAUCAGCGUGCUUCCCGGAGCGUUCUCUGCGUAUCGGUGGAUCGCAUUACAGAACGACAAGACCGGGCGCGGACCGCUUGCUUCGUACUUCAAGGGCGAGGUUUUACAUGGCCGCGAUACGGACAUCUUCACGUCGAACAUGUAUCUCGCAGAAGAUCGCAUCCUUUGCUUUGAACUCGUCGCAAAAGCAAACUCAAAUUGGGUCUUGCGCUAUGUCAAUAGCGCAGUUGGCGAGACCGACGUGCCCGAUGCACUCCCCGAGUUCAUCUCGCAGCGGCGACGAUGGCUCAACGGCUCGUUCUUUGCCGCUACCUAUGCGAUCGCGCACAUACCACAGAUGAUGGCAAGCGGUCAUAGUCUGGCGCGGAAGUGCUGGCUACUGCUCCAGGCGUUCUACAACAUCAUCAACUUAAUCGCCAGUUGGUUCGCCAUCGGGAACUUCUACCUGUUCUUUGUCAUCUUGACGAGUAGUCUCGAGGCGAAGGAGUUCGGGUUCCAAUGGAUCCGCUACGUGAACUCCUGUGUCCAGUACUUCAUGGCUUCGCUCGUCAUUGCAUGUUUCCUCUUCGCGAUGGGCAACAAGCCUCGCGCUGUCCAUUGGAAGUAUAAGCUCAUCGCACUGCUACUCGCGAUCCUGAUGGUCUACUUACUCUUCGCCGCCGUUAUGUGUGCCAUCCAAGCGGGUCAUGAAGGAGGUGCAGCGAACCGUGUCAUGGCGUUCAGCCUGAUCGUCACUUACGGAGCCUACGCAUUCUCGAGCUUGCUUGCGUUCGACCCUUGGCAUAUGAUGACAAGCUUCUUGCAGUACAUGCUCCUUUCGCCCAUGUAUAUCAACGUUCUCAACAUCUACGCGUUUGCCAACCUGGACGACAUCUCGUGGGGUACGAAAGAGGACAUGACGCCCGAUACCGAUCUUGGAGCAGUCGUUCAAGAUGUACUCAAAACAGUCGAAGUCGACAUGCCCGAGAGCGAAGCAGACGCCAACGCCGUGUACGAAGACGCCAUCCACAACCUCAAGCAUCGGACGCCUGUCAUCCGCGGGGACGGUCAGCUGUCGAAGGCUGAGCGCGAGCAGGCUGCGAAGGAGUACUACGCUGGUGUGCGUACGAACGUCCUUUUGGCGUGGGUCGUGUCGAACGGCUUGCUGUUGGCUGGAAUCUUGGGUGGUGGGCAGAGUAGUGCAACGUUCACGAAUGGGAAUAUGACUGCAGCCAAGAGCUAUAUGACCUUUGUUCUUGCGUUCGUGGGGAUCACCUCCAUCAUCCGUUUGAGCGGCUCGACAUGUUACCUACUCAUUCGCAUUCUCACAGGAUGA